UUAAAGGUAGAGACCUGUGGGUUCUUGUUCUGGGAAGGUUUCCAACCCACCAUAAGAUUGGCAUUCCAGAGUUCAAGUAUGUUGCUAAUAUGCAUGGGGAUGAGACUGUUGGGAGAGAAAUCCUGCUCCAUUUGAUAGAAUUCCUGGUGACCAGCUAUAGACGUGACCCAAUUAUUACCCGGUUACUCAAUAAUACCCGGAUUCAUAUCAUGCCAACAAUGAAUCCUGAUGGAUUUGAAGCUACAAAAGUACCUGAUUGUUAUUACACACGAGGAAGGUACAAUAAGAACGGAGAAGAUCUGAACAGAAAUUUUCCUGAUGCCUUUGAAAAUAACAACGCUAGCAUUCAGCCAGAGACUCAAGCAGUAAUGAACUGGAUAAAAAAUGAAACGUUUGUUCUUUCGGCAAACUUGCACGGGGGUGCCCUGGUUGCCAGUUACACCUUUGAUAAUGGUAACUCAGUUACCGGCUCUUUGAAAGGCUAUAGCAGGUCUCCAGAUGACGAUGUCUUUAUUCAUCUGGCAAAAACCUAUUCUUUCAACCAUGCCAUCAUGUACAAAGGGACUGGGUGUGACAACAGACAACCCUUUCCAGAAGGCAUCACCAACGGGUAUUCUUGGUACCAGCUGGAAGGUGGAAUGCAAGAUUACAACUAUGUCUGGGGACAAUGUUUUGAAAUUACAUUGGAGCUGUCAUGCUGUAAAUAUCCUCCAGCAGACCAGCUGGAAAAGUUCUGGAGAGACAACAAAGUUGCUCUGAUCGAAUAUAUAAAACAAGUACAUCUAGGUGUCAAGGGUCAAGUUACUGAUAAGAAUGGGAAUCCUAUUCCCAAUGCCAUCGUGGAAGCCAAAGGAAGGCGUCACAUCUGCCCCUACAGAACAAACGAACAAGGGGAGUACUUUCUUCUCCUUUUGCCUGGGACGUACGUGAUCAAUGCUACUGUACCGGGAUUUAAACCGAUGCUGAAGACAGUGGAAAUACACGACAAUACCGGUAACUUCAGUGCUUUGAAACACGACUUCUCUUUCUCAGAAGUCUCUAUCAGAUCGCGAGCUGCUUCGUGUCCCAAAACUCCCCUCUACCAAGAGCUCGAACGGGCUUCAGCUGCAGUAAAACCAACUCUACACGUCUUGGUUUUAAUGACCGUUAUGCUUGUAAUUUUCAAAUAAAGUCAGGAAUGACAUGACAGGGCGAGGCAAAAUCUUCCUGCACAAAUGUGGCUUUUCAGACAAGGAAUUGUAUAAGAACAUACAUUCUUUCGCAUAUACACCAAAUUCUCAGAUUUACAAUCAUGUUUACUGUAUUUUGUAAAAUACUGGCUCGACAAUCAAAUGUUUUACUUUAAUUAUAAUAGACUAUCAUGUUUUACUCUAAAGAAAUUCUGUACAGCCUGUGGCGAUAACUGGAGAAUUUUGACGCAGAAAGUACAAAUACAUUCUGAAGAAUCUGCCUGAGUUCAGAAAAAGGUUUCAUGCAAACUCAGGUUCCCCGGUGAACCAACAGCUAACGUGCCACACAACUGUAAGCAGUUAGCUCAAUCCUAAUUUCUCAUAAUAAAGCCACUGCUGUAACUGAGGAAUGGCAUUUUUACGUACGCUCUUUCUUACCUAGACAGAUGAGACUGCUCAGGGCUGAAAUAAGGUAAAGACCAGUAACACAGACAUGUUGUAAGACAGGAAGAUGGAAAUAAUGAAGUGUAAGUAUGCGGCCAAGGGCCACAUUGCUGGAAGCCUGAUGAUAAACUGUGCCGUCAGGCAAAAGAGAGUAACUCAGGUCUCUGAAAACUGUGUUCCUCUAAGACAGAGCUAUUGAAAACAAUGCGGAAACGGUCAUCUACAGCUUUAUACCGUUGCUGUUGGCCAUUUUUUACCGGAUUUGGUAUGGAACAGAACCGCAUACAAUUCAGAAUUUUUUAAUCUGACUAGUUUUAGCAAUGGCUUUAGAGUGUUUAUGUUGCACAGCCCUCUUACCACCCCGUUUGGGCCACGUCUCAUGUGCCAGAAGCUGGCAGGCACACUCAGCAAGGCGCAAACCAGAUCUUGUUCCAGAGGCUGGUUUUGGUGACGGCUGAGCUGCCUGUGUGCCCCUGGCUGGGCUGUCUUGCUUGCGGAAUGAGCAGAUUCCUGUCGCCUGGCCAAGAUGAAUUUGGCAAGACAUUUCCAGGGCCCUCUGAAGUGGUCCAAUAAACACAAAAUUUAUCAAGAAGAAAAGCCAGUUAGUACCGUCUUCUGUCUUCAUUUUAAAACUCCAUCUGCCAGUAAUUUUCUUAACCAAUUUCAAAAGUAACCAGAAGAGAUUAUCUUUGGAAACAUCAAUCUUUUCCUGUGCACAGUAAAUAAAAUUGCAGGAAUGC